UCUUCUUCUUCUUCUUUCUCUCUCCUGCAGCUGCGUCGUCUUUUCUCUCUCUACUGGUUGGUAUGGUAAUGGCGGUGGUGGAGCCCGCGGCCCGCGGGAGAGCGAGAAAAUCAAAGAAGAAAAUGCUCCCUCCUGGGUGCAGUGAUGGUUUGCUGCUGCUGCUGCUGUCCUACCAAACUUUUACUACUCCUACCACCACCAGCUUCUUGCUCGCCUUUCCCUUUCUCUCCCUCUCUCUCUCUCUCUCUCUUCUCUCCUCUCUCUGCAUCCUCUGCUCAGUGCUCAUUCCAUUUCUUCUCAACUCGCCUCAGCUGCAUCCUCAUCUUGGUCAGUGAGCGAGUGAGUGAAGUGCAGAGCUAUGCCUGUGCUGCGGCGGUGAGCUUUGCAGCGACCUCCUCUCUCUCUGCUGCUGCCGGCGACGGCGGCCAUGAAGGGCGUCGACGAUGCAUUCCUCGGCGUCGGCGACAAGCCGGGACUGGACAUUUGGUGCAUUAUGGGUAGCAAUCUAAUUGCAAUUGAAAAAUCAUUGCAUGGCAAGUUCUACACUGGGAACACCUACAUCAUACUAAGUACCGUUGAGCUUAAAAGCGGAGUUCGCCAGCACAAUGUGCACUACUGGGUAGGGGAGGAAGCCAAAGAGGAGGAUUGUCUGACGGCCUCUGACAAGGCUAUUGAGUUGGAUGUAGCACUGGGCUCGAACACGGUCCAAUAUAGGGAAACACAAGGCGAAGAAUCCGACAAGUUCUUGUCAUACUUCAAACCAUGCAUCAUCCCCAUACAAGGUAGCUUGUCUUCGCACAUGAGAAUAUAUGGAGAUAAAUCAAAGGAUACAACAAUGUUUAGGUGCGAAGGAGAGCAUGUAGCCCGUGUAACAGAAGUACCGUUUUCACGGUCCUCCCUAGAUCACAAGGCAGUGUUUGUCGUGGACACGGAAUCAAAGAUCUUCCUUUUCAGUGGAUGUAACUCUAGCAUGCAAACAAGGGCUAAGGCUUUAGAUGUUGUUAAGCACCUCAAAGAGAACCGACAUUGUGGCAGAUGUGAGAUUGCGACUAUAGAGGAUGGGAAACUUGUUGGUGACUCUGAUGCUGGUGAUUUCUGGAACUUAUUUGGAGGCUAUGCUCCUAUUCCCCGUGAUGUACAAGACACGGUUAUGACAGAACUGAUGACUACCUCAUCCAAGAAACUAUUUUGGAUUAACAAGAGAAACCUUGUUCCUGUGGAGACAAAUCUGUUAGAAAGAGAAAUGCUGAACUCGGACAGAAAUUACAUUCUGGACUGUGGCACCGAAGUAUUCCUAUGGAUGGGUAUGACAACACUGGUUUCUGAGAGGAGGACAUCAGUUACUGCCCUAGAAGAUUAUGUGCGUUGUGAAGGAAGGCAAUCGAAUGCACGUUCAGUUAUAUUGACAGAAGGUCAUGAAACCGUUGAAUUUAAGAUGCAUUUUCAGCAUUGGCCCAAGAAUGCUGUGCCAAAGUUAUACGAGGCAGGGCGGGAGAAGGUGGCAGCAAUUUUCAAGCAUCAGGGCUAUGAUGUCACAGAAAUCCCAGAGGAUAAACCUCGUCACUUCAUCAGUUGUAAUGGUAGUCUGAAGGUUUGGUUGGUGGACAAUGGUUCUGUAACCCUGCUUUGCACUGAGGAGCAGGAACAACUAUACAAUGGGGACUGCUAUAUCAUACGGUAUAGCUACAUCGAAGACGGAAAAGACUAUCAUUUGUUCUUUGCUUGGUCUGGACUGAACAGCAUAAAUGAAGAUAGAGUUGCAGCAGCGUCACUAAUGUCAGGCAUGAUUGAUUCAGUAAAAGGGCAUGCGGUUGUGGCACAAGUAUUCGAGGGCAGAGAACCAGAAAUGUUUUUCCUAGUAUUCAAGUCAUUGAUCAUAUUCAAGGGGGGCAGGAGUAUGGCAUAUAAGAACUUCGUUUCUCAGAGAAGCGAUGCAAACGGAUGGUACCAGAAAAAUGGGGUUGCUCUAUUCCGGGUUCAAGGGCUGAAACAUGAUUGCAUACGAGCCAUUCAGGUUGAUCUGGCUGCAAGUUCACUUAAUUCUUCGCAUUGUUACAUUUUGCAAGCUGGUGGUUCUUUCUUUACCUGGCUAGGAAGCCUUUCUUCACCAAGUGACCACAAUUUACUUGACAGGAUGAUGGAUAAGUUGUGUCCACUGAAACAAUCCUUGUUGGUAAGAGAAGGUUCUGAACCUGAUCGCUUCUGGGAAGCAUUAGGCGGAAGAUCAGAAUACUUGAGAGAAAAGCAAGUCAAGGAUUGGCCUGCAGAUCCACAUCUGUAUACUUGUCAUUUCGAACAAGGUCUCUUCAAGGCAAAGGAGGUAUUCAGCUUCUCUCAGGAUGACCUGGUAACUGAAGAGAUAUUGAUACUGGACUGCGUCGAAGAACUCCAUAUUUGGGUUGGACAUCAAUCUGGUGUUUUAUCCAAGGAGCAAGCUCUUGAUAUCGGCAAGAUGUUCCUUCAGGCAGGCAUUCAUCAGGACGGACGACGGCCAAUCGACACGACAAUGUAUAUCGUCACUGAAGGGGAUGAGCCUAGAUUUUUCACGAGCUUCUUCAACUGGGAUUAUUCCAAGCAAACAAUGCUUGGCAACUCAUUUGAGAGGAAGCUGGCAAUCCUGAAAGGAAUUUCACAAAAGCUGGAGACACCGGAGAGAAGCCUACGCAAAUCAUCAUCGUCUUCGCUGCCGAGAAGGUCGCCGGGGACAUCGUCGUCGGAGCCGACCACGCCGGAGCAGCGAGCGGCGGCGAGGACGUUCGCCUCGGCCUCUACCGGGAAGCUACUCAGGGAGAGAUCACCGGCCGCGCUGUCACCGUCGCUGUCGACGCCUUCGCCGUCUCCGAGAAGCCGCUCCUCCGCCUCCUCGUCGCCGGCGUCGUGGAACUCGACGCCGUCCACGGUGGCGCGGCGGCUCUUCCCGCCCUCGCUGCACGCGUCGGCGGAGGCGGUUGCCACCGGGACCCCUCGCCGGCGGUGAGCUUCAGCUAACGCUCACCUGCAACUGCAUAUGCCUGUACCAUUAAGAAUUUGAGAUUCAGAUGAAAUUCAAAGAACAUCGGCCAUCUUUUUACAAGGUCCCUAGAUUUUCAAAUUUAAAUUAGGUUUUUAGAGGAAAUUUAAAUUAAGUUUCCUCUACUGCAACGAAGAAAACAAAGCACCAAAUAUGAAUAUGAAUUAACUAAGGCAUGUUUGUUUCAGCUUAUGAUUAUUAUAAUAUAGAUUAUUAAGCCA